CACUGCCUGGGAGUGUACACUAGCAACAUGACUGCUUCCACUAUCACGCUCCAUUUGGUGCACUGCCGAGGUGUUUGUCAGACCCCUAAAGGCACCAAGCCCAUCACGCCUGGACUACGCUCACCUGGAGCUGGGUCUCUUAAACGUGAGUUAGUCACCCCAGAUGCAUCUGACCCCAAGAGAAGGAAGAUGGUGGACCAGUCUAGGUAUUACCCUACAGUCUUUGUUGAGAAGCCAGAGGAGCCGGUCGUGUUGGCACUGGAUCCGAAAGGUCAUGGUGACGAGUCUUAUGAAGCACGGAAAGCUUUCCUUACAGCGUAUUUCAAUCGGCAUCCCUAUCCUUCCCAACGGGAGAUUGAGAAACUUGCUGCAAGCCUCUGGUUGUGGAAGUCUGAUGUCUCGAGCCAUUUUGCCAACCAUCGGCGCUCGUGUGACCGAGACUUAGACUCCCGCAAACCUGUUGUGUUACUAGGCUUUAACAUGCGGGCAGUAAGCCAGCUCAAGCAUGACAUGAGCUUUGAUGCCAGCUGGCUGUUUGAAGUCAACGAAGACGAAAAAAGUGGAUUCUCAAGGACCUCAAGAUUUAGGCUGAAGUCUCCUGUUGGUUUCUCUACAGACUUCAAGGGGAAAAAGCAGCCAUUAAACACUGGACAAAGUAGUCAAAGCAACUGUGCCUUCAAGCCAUGCCCUGGAUCAUCCUCAGAACCUAUUGCCAUUGACUCU